AUGAUGAACAACCCAGAUGCGGCUGCUGGUCCGUGGUGGUGGUGCUGCGACGACGACAACGCCGGUGAGGCCACUGCCGCCGCCGCCGUGCCCACCACGGGCGAAUCCGGCAGCUUCUUCGCCGACGUGGUCGCGGACUACUCCACAGAUGAACUCUUUGAGCUGGUGUGGGAGCAAGGAGGACAAGACUGCGGCGGCGCAUCGGGGUCGAUGCAGCCGGCGGUUUCCUGCCUCUGGUCGCCGAAGUUCAGCAGCAAGCCGCCCGAUGUGCGGUUGGACCCACCGUCGGAGGACGAGAUGGCGGCAUGGCUCAGCGUCAUUGUCAAAGGCGAGGAACUUGCCUGCAACGACGAUGAUGAUGGCAGUCGCCGACCGACGACUGAUGAUGGUCGGGAUGUAGCGCCGGCGAAGGGGGACGUCGUCGACGACGGCGAUGGACAAGAAAGAAAAGAUCCUAACGACGACAUUGGAAGGGAUGAUGGGCAACAAGUUAAAGUUGGGGAUUGA